AUGGUGAAUGAGUCUCGAAGCACGUUAGAAGUGAUGGAGGUGAGUUGGAGUCGGGCAGCGACUGCCAGUUCAAAGAAUCCGUACAUUGACACUGAAGCAGAGGAUCAUAGUGAUGAGAACACAGAUGAAACUGAACUUGCCAACGAGGAGGAGGGUGACAGUGACCUAUCUGCGUGGUCAGGGAACAAUAUGUCCUUGCAAGAAGGUUCUGACGGGGAUGAGUAUGAUUCCCUUCGUGAUGCCGAGGAAGAGGGUGAUAGUGGCCCCUCUACGUGGUUGCUGAAUGUUACCUGCUUGCCAGGACCGGCUGCCAAACAUACUUUGGCUGCAGCUAUCAACAAUAUCACGGACAAACAGCUGCUUAGUCCCCCGAGACCAUUCAAAGCAGGAUGUAUCUGUUACUUGUCUAUAGUAGGUCCUUAUCUUCGCUCCCAGUCGCGUGUCACACAUUGCAUUUCAGGAACAUCUACCCAAUACAUCGCUGCACACCUUCGGAGAAAAGGGUUCCCCAUCACUGUGUUGCUUUGGGGACAAGGCCAGCUCUAUGUGGUUUCAGAUAGUCCCAGAACCAUCUCAUUGUCCCUUCCAACCUCACUUCAUCCCUUGGUGAAAGAGUAUCUUUACAUCUCGGAUGCAGAGCAUGAAGCAGUCAAACAUGUGCGAUUGACCUUUCCCAGCCCCGCAUGGGUCAAAAUUAAGACAAGCAUGUGCAACAAAUACAACGGCGCCAUAGGUUGCAUCUUCGAGGAGUCUGAGGAAAACAACAAUUUCGUGAAGGUAUUAAUCCCUCCAUGGGAUUUCCCCUAUCCCAUGCCACAGGGGUCUGUAGCGCUGUUUGACCUAGCCCGCCUUCCGAUUGGCAAGUUCACCACUGACAUCAUUCGUGAUGGGAAAGUUGUCGGAUGGACGUACAAAGGAGAGCAGUAUUACAUGGGACUGCUACUGAAAAAGUUUCACCGCUAUCUUCUAGAGCUCGCCAUCAUCCCUCACCCUGACAAUAUUCGAUUGCAUCUCCAAUCCAGAUGGGACACUCGCUUCAUCAAGAACACGGAACUUAUGUUUUCUAUGCAGUUUUUGUGCGAAGGUGAUGCGGCCAGGGUUCUUGCAGGAGAGGUUCAUUCAGAGAUCGGCAAAGUCAUCUCAAUAGAUCAUAUAUUUGAUUCCGUGUGGUUGAAAAUUAACACCGAUGGAUUACAGAGAGAAAUAGACCUUCAAGUCCAGGACGUAGAGCGUGUGUUUUGGGUCAGUGACGCAGUUAGAGUUGUAGUGGUUUCAUACUUAGGGUUGGAAGGGCAUAUCAUUGGAAUGUCUGAUGAGAUGUUUGAUGUUUGUCAACAGGAUACAAAGGAAGAGAUCCAAGUAUUGAAGUACUACCUGGAUCAUCGGCCUUUGAGACACAUGCUGCAAGCACAGCUGGCACUGCCACUACUUCAAGUUGUGGAGCCUCCCCCUGAACAUGACCCUAUUGAAGUUGGGGAUUAUUUUCCCGCAGGAAGUACCACCCUGUUUUUGUGGGAUGCGGGCCUUGACGUGAAUGCGGAUGACAUGGAAGGACCGCAGCCAACUCAAGUUCCCACGGCAAUGGUUCGGCGGACACACCUUGCCCCAACAAUUAAAUACACCAAGGACAGGGCUUAUGAUGUAAAGCCUGGAGACUUUGUGAGCGUCGUUCAUGGACCCAAGUAUCGGACCAUGGGCUUCAUGCACAGCGUCGACUUUCCAACAGCUCACAUGAGGAUACAGUCUUCUAGUGAUUACGCACUCAUCGAAGUUCCCAUCAGAUUCACAAUGAUGUUGCACAAAAAAAGCCUGGAUGAGUUCAAGGGUGUAAUCGGGAGCGAAGUAUUUAUUAUCGGGGGCGAUCUCAAGGGCUACCGAGCCACUCUGUACAGUGUUAUGAGCAACACCUGCACCGUCGCUGUUCAUGGACAGAGGCUUGUCACACUCAAACACCAUGAUGUUGCUACCAGUUAUGCAUUGAGGUUGAAUGGUGCAAUAAUCGAAGGGAACAACUUAAUUUCUUUCUGCAAAAUGCGGAAAAAAUUCUCCACCUUGAACACAGAUCAGGGCUCUUCCUCUUCGCCCCCUUCCAACGUCUUGUCCCCUUGGUCCACCAGCGUCAAGGAUAACAAUAUGGUGCUUAACCAUCCAUCGGGUGUCAAUACUUCUGAAUCGAUAUUCGACCCCUGGACUACCAAUAAUCUCGAUGACAUCCAUGAUCGCAUUGAGGCUGAAGCGGAGAAACUUACAGGCACGGGUCCACUACCCUGGUUGAUGAAUAAGGAGUUCUCUUCAAUGCUAUCGGAAUAUCACGUAUUGCUGAAAGUCUCGCCGAAUGUCAUGGGAGGCCGCCUAAUUAACCGAUUCAUGUCGACGGCAUGCCCUGACCCUUUCUGCGGUCCGAAUGGUCCCACACCCGAGGGUUCUGUUGCAGCAUACUGCACAUCCAACAGUGCAGGAGCUGCCCUAAAACACUAUCAUAUUCCUGCCAAGGAUCUCACCCCAGCACCUCCGCACCGAAAGAACCAACUCUGCCUUGUUCUGAACAGGCAGUAUCGUGGACUCGUUUUUCCUGUGGCAAAGUGUAACGUCAAAUCAUGGACUGUGGAGCUGACCCUUAUGGGUGGGACUGCUUUAAUGUUCACAUUGUGUUUUGAGGAAGUUUGUCUUGUUGAACUUGAACAAAACAGAUAG